GUCAACGGAAGACAAAAGAGGAUUGAACGGUAGACGUAGACGCCAUUGGAGAGUUCCUUUGAGGAGGAGUAACCAAUCCAAUCCAAUCCAAUCCAAUCCACCCCAUUGUUGAAAACGGAACCCUUUAUGUCGAUUGAAGAAGCCUGAACGAGAGAUCCAAUCAUCGGCGAUGGAGGAAUCUACGGCUACGACCACUCAUUAUUUCUCAAUUUUCACCAAUUACCCUCUCAUUUCCGCUCUUACGGCUUUCACCAUCGCUCAAUUCAUCAAACUCUUCACCUCCUGGUAUAGAGAACGGAGAUGGGAUCUCAAACAGCUUAUUGGUUCCGGAGGAAUGCCUUCUUCCCAUUCAGCCACUGUCACCUCUCUCGCUGUUGCUAUUGGCUUACAAGAGGGCUUUGGUGGUUCACAUUUUGCCAUUGCUUUGAUCUUGGCUUCUGUUGUGAUGUAUGAUGCUACUGGUGUUAGAUUACAUGCGGGUCGCCAAGCUGAGGUUCUCAAUCAGAUUGUAUAUGAACUUCCUGCAGAACAUCCCCUGGCUGAAAGCAGACCAUUGCGUGAGCUUCUUGGUCAUACCCCUCCUCAGGUUGUUGCUGGUGGAAUGCUUGGAAGUGCCACAGCAGUCACUGGAUACUUGUUUUUCAGGAUAGCUACUAGCUAACGUUAACCACCAAGCAGAGCAACACACCAACUCUUCUGCUUCAUUUCCUAUUGAAGCUGCUGGACAGAAUCCGAACGAAACAGGCUUCCAAUCAAAGCCGAGUUUGAUUCACUAUCGAUUCUUACUUUAAAAGAGUAUUGAUUCACUAUAUAUAUUAUUACUUAAACCUAUGCUCUUACCAUUCUAUACUUGAUGUAAAAAAAACUUGGAACAACACCAUUACAAAGACAAGAAUCGUGAUUUUGUUAUUUGGAAAUAAAUAUAGUAAGUAUACAAGGAAUUUGUGGA